CUCCUCCUUGAGCUUCUCUUCAAGUUAUCCUCUUUUCCACAACUCUCUUCUUAUUUCUCCUUUCCCCCGUCUUCUUCGUUUCUGAUUGCAUCUUCAAAAAAACAAUGUCUAACCAGGAAAACAACCCACAUUUUCUUCAACAACAACCUCUUCUACGUUCUGAUCUGGCACCAAGUCACCCAGAGCAUAAUCCCCACACGUCACCAAGGCAAGAUAAAGACUCUGAGCCACUUGGUCCACGGGGUAGCCUGACUCAUCAAAGCCCAGACCAUGGUCCCCAAGUGCCAUCAAAGCCCACCUCGGAGCCACUUCGUCCACACCCCACUCAACCAGAACCCGCCCCAAAAUGGAAAAGGCAAAGACGUCAAGGCAAAGAUUCCAAGCCAUCUAGCACAGUGGUGUUGCCACCACCGCUACAGUCUUCCGACCAUCAUACUAUUCUUCCACACGUGCCCCGAUCCGAAGAGCCGGAGCAGCCUCUAGCUCCUCCGCCAGUAUACCUCGUCUUCCGCCCAAAAAGCCCCUGGUUCGACGUCUCCAACGUCAACCUGAACGCAGCAUAUCUGGACAUGGGUUACCUCCUGAAUGCCGAUCUCGUCCUCCUCGUAAACUUCACAAACCCAAACCACCAGGUGAGCGUAGACUUCAGCUCCAUUUACCUCGAUCUUUACUUCGAGAACACCAUGAUCGCCACCCAAUACGUACAACCUUUCUCUGCGCCAAGGAGGAAGACAAUGUUGGCAACUAUUCAUAUGAUGAACAGCCAAGUUCCGCUUGCCAUUAAGGAGAGUCUGCUGUUCCAGCAGCAGAUACAGAACAGUAAUGUGACAUUUGACCUGAGGGCAAAGUUUCGAGCGAGAUCAAAAUUCGGGAGUCUGAUGCGGUACUCGCAUCAGCUGCACGGGUUAUGCAGGGUCAUUGUGAGUAGCCCUCCGACUGGGGUUUUGAGAGGUAAAAAGUGCAUAACCAAACAUUGAGACUGAGAAGAAACAGCACAUUGCAAUGGCAUUGGCAGUAAAUGUAAUUCACUUUCAUUUCUUAAAGAAUAACAAAAAAAAAAUGAUUUCUUACAUUUUCUUAAACCAGAAUUGGAAGAAUAAAAAUAAUUUUUUUUA